UCCGUCCUCUUUAAAGCACACACGGGAUUACACGCUAAUCCCACAUUCGCACUGUGCAUGCGCAAACCCAAGUGCGUGCCUCUGCGGACAGUUCGCUGUUAAUUCAACUCCAAACUGCCUUCACUCUCCAAACACCGUCCACACAUUACAAGCAGGAAAGAAAUGAGCAAGGCAUGAACAGGCUUACACACGCAUUCUCGUGGACAGCAAGUGCUUCCUUGACAUGUCCGUGUCUGCAUCCAGGACAGGAUGUCUAAAUGUGAGCUGAUUGAGCUGAAGGACCUCAGUGUAGAUGAUCCCAUUGAGCUGGCGGCUCCAGCUGGCCACAGCGCCCCGGGGGCUGCAAACCCGGCCCAGGCCAGCCAUUACCACGUCGUCCGCUUGGUUGGGGACAGCGUCAGCAUCCAGGCACCGGGCCGUCACACAGGAGAGCCUGCCCAUGGCCACAACUUCCAGCCCAACAAUUACACAAACCUCACCUGGUGCGAUCUGUGUGGAGAGUUCGUCUGGGGCCUUUACAGGCAGAGUCUGCGCUGUGCCAACUGCAGUUACACUUGUCACUACCGCUGCCGACCUUUCAUCCACCUGGACUGCAGCAUACAGGGAAGCGUGCUGACAGAAAAGGCCGGCUACGCAGAUGACUCCAUCGAGACGGACACAAAUGUGGAUGAACAGAUCGAUUUGGGUCAACAGAAGUUAAGCGUUGGUGAGAUCCAGCAGAGGGUAAAGGAGUAUAAUGCUCAGAUUAACAACAAUCUCUACAUGGUUGAUAACAAAGAUGGGUCUUACACUGGUUUCAUCAAGGUGCACUUUCAGUUGGUCCGACCCAUCUCCCUCCCUCCUCCUCCUCCUCAGUCACAGACCUCCACGGAGGGGGAAGAUCAGCAGGGCCGACAGAUGAAAAGGCGGACGUCUUUCUACCUCCCCAAAGAUGCUGCGAAGCACCUACACAUAAGCUCUGAGACGCGGGUACGAGAGGUCAUCGAGGCGCUGCUCAACAAGUUCACCGUGGUGGACAACCCAGCAAAGUUUGCUUUGUUUGAACGCACUGAGAAACAAAGUCAGGUGUACUUGCGUAAGCUGUCCGAUGGUGAGCGUCCUCUUCAUCUACGCUUGUGUGCAGGCCCCAGUGAAACAGUUUUGACUUUGGUUUUGAAGGAAAACGAGACAGGGGAUGUAAACUGGGAUGCAUUUAGUCUUCCUGAGUUGUGCAACUUUUUGCGAAUCCUGCAGCGUGAGGAAGAAGAACACGUGCGGCAGAUUGUGAAGCGCUACACACUCGCGAGGGACACGAUGAAGAAGGCGUUGGCCAAGAUAACCACCCCAGGCUGACAGAGUUUCAGCAGUAAAAAAAAAAAAAAACCUGUUCUGCCUUGAAAAUAUGAAAAUGACAGGUAAAAGGGAAGGAAAGAGCUCAGGAUAAUGGCGUGCUAUGUAGAAAGGUUGUGAAUAAAGCAUGCAUGUCCUCAUAUUUAAGGUAAACUACUGGAAGCAUCUGGAAGGAUCAGAUCAUGCUACAUAUGUUGUGAACUGGACUGUGUAAAAUCAAAUAUUUAGGAGUUUUAUGGAUUUCACAUGUUCAAAUCAUGCAUUAAAAAGUUGCUGCUUGAUUAGGUUAUUUAUAGUGAUGUUAUGGUGAUCAUCUUCCUAUAUCAGUAUAAACUGAUUAUGAUUAUGAGCCGUCUGAUGUCAGUUCCAUAAUAAUUUUGAA